CGCUAACAGAAAGUUUCAGAGUGCCAGCCAAUGUGUUUAUGUUACAAAUAUUUUUUUUAUGAAACGUCUAGAGACGUAAUUAUUAAUGGAAAUUUUUUAGUAAUAAUAUAAGUGAAUUUUUGAACGAAAUCGAUUUAAUAAUGUUCCGGAAAACAAUGUGGAGGAAAGCAGUGAGUGAAGCGGUCAGCUCACAUCAACAUCGAGCGCUGAAUACCACCAUUUUCAUCCUCAAAGAGUUUGGACCGAUUGGAUUUCUCCUGAAAGAGGAUGGGGAUAGCAAAAAUUAUAAAGUGUGUUUGGGAGAUCCACACACGUGUACCUGCCCUACCUUCCAGAAAGAGAAGGAUCUUUGCACGCACAUCUGCUGGAUUUUAAUGCGUAAAUUCCGACUGCCAAGAGAUCACGAAUACUGUUUUCAGUACGGUCUUGCGGAGAGACAGAUCCUAGAUUUGUUGCAAGGGCUUCAUGUGACCAAAACUACACCUCCUAAUGAUAGGGGGAGCUCAGAAAUCCCUUCAUGUCCUGAGCCUAGUGAGGAAGACGGAGGAAUCAGACAGAAAGAUGUAGAGAAAGAUGACAUAUGUCCAAUCUGUCAAGAAGAACUUUUGAUGAAAAAACUGCCUAUAACUUAUUGCAAGUUCAGCUGUGGAAACAACAUCCACAUUUCCUGUAUGAAGGUAUGGGCUGAUCACCAAACAAAGAGAGACCCAAGUGCCCCGCUUAAGUGUCCACUCUGUAGGGAGGACUUCGGCACUUUUAAGCAGCUAAUUGAACAGGUGAAAAAUGCAGGUGAACUGUUAACCUACUACGAGAGGGACUGUCUGGACAAACAUCUGGGUGUUGCGUGUAACAUCUGCAGGGCCUGUCCAAUCAUCGGCAAAUGUUUCAAGUGCACAGAGUGCAGUUAUUUCCACCUGUGUGAGGAUUGCUUUAAGAGAAGAGUCCAUCCAAAACAUCGCUUCAUAGUUCGAAUGAAAAGAGGUCAGCCAUGGCAGACAGCAGGAUCUCACGCCUCUGAAGAAACACAGAAAAUAGAAAACCACUCAGUGGGUAGUAGCUCUGGUAUGACAUGUGAUAUAGUCCCGAACUAUGUAAUAAAGAGUUUGCCAACGAUGAGGGUUCGGAAAGAGUCCAGAUUGCUGUAUCCAGGUGUUCAAUGUAGAAUCUGCCUCUCAAGAUUUCAACUGGGUCAGCAUGUCAGAACCCUUCCCUGCAAACACAAGUUUCAUACUGGCUGUAUUGAUCCAGUGCUCCGCAAGUCUAACUGCUGCCCACUGGACUGGCAUGUCAUCUACAAUCCUCUGACAUGGAAUCCUCGAAGUAGCAGAGCAGAAAGAUCUCUGGCUCCAUCUAGUGAUGUUCAGAGCAAGCGUACCGAUGAACAGAUCUCUGAGUUCUUUCUACCAGGUAUUGGUUUGCAGGUAAAGAAAGGUAGUGCUCCGUCUCUGUUGAGAACAGUGACAUCUGAACCAUCUGUGUCAGGGUAUUCCAGUCCUUCCUCUGUGGAUUUACUCACUCAGGGCUUCGGGGGCCUCUGCAUCAAUAGUUCCCACGUAGAACCAUAUACCAGAAUGAAACACAAUCAUACAAAAGAACAGAGGUCUCUUCAUAGGAGCUUAUCAUUGGGCCAGGCCAUACCUGCACCGGCUGAGAGCAGAGUAUCCUUUCCAAAUAGUCCCUCAACAGUCAGUCUAACUUUGAAUGUCCAGUCAGCAUUGGCCAGAACACAGAAUGACCAGCAAAGACUCAUUGUGGGCAUUAAUGGGCCACCCAGCAUGACACCAGCUUACGGCAGGAUCAGACCACUGAGGAAUGGUCACUUAAGACAGAGGCCAAGGCCAGGCAGGCUGGAUAUGAAGGAUCUUCAUCUCUAGAUGACAAACAGUCAUGUCAAAGCUAUACUUAUGAGAAAACAAGAGCAAAGUGAAUUGGUAUGCAAUCAAAAAAUAAUGGUAGCAUGUUGCUCCAUGGGUGUUUGGAAUACCUCUACUGGGUAUCAUAUGAAGCAAGAAAUCCAAAGCGUUAACGUGUAAUAUUAAAAAGCUUUUAUUAAACUACGGCUAUAAUAUUAAAAACCAGAGACGCACCCCGAGGAAGGCUCAGGUGUCAGUUUUUAAUGUUAUAGCCCUGUUUUAAUAUGGGAUUUUUAAUAUUAUACUCCACAUGAGUGCCUUAAACUUCUUGUUUAAUAAAAUCAAGAAUGUUUUGAUUAA